CAGUCGUUUCCCAAAAAUUUCAAAACCUAUUCAGUAGAAUCUCUCGUCAUUUGCUGGAAAACGACGCCGUUUGCUAUGUUCAGUUCCAUUCCCGCGUUACCCUAAAGUGAAGGUCCCAUUGCCGGAGUCGCUCUUCUUCCGGCGGACGGUGCGGUCCCUCUAACUCCCUCCGCUCAGAACACCGAACCCUAAAGCGUCGUCGUUUCAAGUAACGUACAAUGGGAGCGGUGAAAUUGAACCUUCGUUGUUCGCAACGAGUGGAUGGCAUUGCUGAUGAUCCCGAACCUGAUUGGAGCUUCGACGCUCUUGUUUCGGAGCUCAACGCUUUGGAGGCGAAGCUCGCUACCAACGCUUCUUCCACCUUCGAACGUUCUUCUCCUUACACUAAAACGAUAUCGCGUGAGAAGAAAAUUGAGAGAGGUAGAGCUUUCGUGCUGCGUGCCGAUGAGUAUGAGAUGGAGGACACAGAUAGUGAGGAUGAUUAUGGUGAUGACAAAGCUUUAGUAGCAGCUGGCAGUGGCAAACGGUUCACUUGCGAUGAACUUUAUCUCAGUGACAGUGAUGAUUCUGACAUUGUCUCUGGUUUUGAAGUGAGACCCUACUUAAUGGAUGAAUUGGGAGAGGUAGAAGGUGCCUUGUUUGAGUUGACACAUGAACAUCAACUUAGGGUUAAGGAUGAAAUUAGGAACAAGAUUUCAGCCCUGGAGACAGCUCUGGUGAACGAAACUCAGAACUCUACUUCUUCCCUUCUUCGAGUUGAGAAGUAUAAAGAAACAAGGCAGGAAUUGGAUAAAAAGUUUGACACUCAAUAUCAGCGUCGGAUUGCAGAAGCACUUGAUAAUCACUUGACAGCUGUUCAACGGGACCGUGAACUAAGAUCACAAAUAGAAGAAAGGAAAAUAAGAAGUGAUGCAGCUUAUGAAGAGGCCAAGAGAAAGGUUGCUUUUGAAAAGCAGCAGCAAGAAAAGGCUAAAGCUGAAGCAGAGGCCAAACUUAGAGCUGAGGAAGCAAAACGAGCUGCAUUGGAAGCGGAGAGAAAAGCAGAAAUGGAAGCCAAAAAACAGGCAGCAAUGGAAGCUGAAAAAAGAGCAGCAGAAGCUGAAAGGAGAGCCGAAAAGGAAUCUACUGAAACUUCCAAAAGGGUUACUCCUGGAGGGACCCAACCAUCUGCUGGGCAUCCAACAGAUACUGCAUCAAACCUAUCAAAUGCUGAAAACAAGGAAUCUGGUAAUAUGUAUAGAGCUGCAACAAAUGCUUUGAAUCUAGAGCAUGGGAGACUGCAGAAACUGAAAGAGCUAUUUGAGAAAAACCAAGUGAUAAGAUCAAGUUAUAAUAAGGAUUAUACCCGCCAUGAGGGUCAUAUUUCCCGGAAUAUUAGGCAAAUAAGGGGCAUAAGAGACAAUGUUAGGUCAAAAGCAAGUGAACUCAUUAAACUUUUGAAUGAUCCUCAAUGUCCUCAAUCAAUCAGCAUUGAGAUAUUUGCUAAAAAGGUUGUUUCAUACUGUGAAAACCCCGGUAAUGCUCCCUUUGCUAGUGCCUACGUCAUUGUUCUCGUUACAUCUCAGGUCCCACAUGCUAUGGAUAUUUUUCUAGCUGAGCUUCACAUGGCUUGCCUAUAUACCGUCCCAAAGCACCUGGUUUACAAGAAGUCCGCUUUCCAAUCAAAAGAGGCAUACUUCAAAAGUAUUGGUUAUCGAGAAGAUGAAGGAAAGAUAGAGAGUACAGAAGAUUAUUUAAAGCGGUUAGAGUCAUACAUGAAGGUGUAUGGUGCACUGGUUCAGACUGAAACUACAAACGUUCAAAAUUUGCACGGCUUGAAAGAAGGUUGGGCAUGGCUUGCAAGGUUCUUGAACACACUCCCAGCAAAUCAAUACACAGCUGUUUCGCUCAAUGCAUUCUUGCAAAUGGCUGGAUUUGCUCUCUAUAAAAGAUAUAAAUUUCAAUUCUUGAAGAUGCUGAACGUUGUCUCGAAGAACUUUUUAGUUGAUCUGAAAUCACGGAAUAUACCAGAAUUAACGAGGACGAUUACGGAGAUACAGACUUACAUAGAAGAUAAGAAGUUCCUUCAAGAGCCAGAAGGAAGGAGCCUGCAGUCUAAUUUGUUAUCAAAUGUAUAUGUUAAUUAUUGAAAGUUGAAGAAUUUUAUUGCUUAUUUUUUGGGUAAAAAAUAAAAAGAAAAAAGUUCAGGGAGAUUAGCGAUUGUUUACUUUUCAUUUUAAGGUCAGGCAUUUGUUAAACUCACUAGUUGAGGCAACUUUCCAUGUAUUUUACUCUGAUAAGUGAAUAAAAAAAAAAAUCCCUUUUUCCCAA